AUGGAUCAUUCUAAGAAGAAAUCGUAUUUGCAUAGUUUGACCACCAACAUUCCCCUACUGCAGCAGUCCAUCAAUGCAUCGUGCAAUGCUUUACCAAGAACCCUCGAUGCCGGCGCACCACCGAUUAUCAUGCCCGAGAGGCCAGCGAGAACUUCAUCACUGUUCAAGGAAGACAAGCACGACGAAGAGAAUAUCAUGCCUGUCACACGUCUUGCGUCGGAGAGCAUGCCCAUCUAUCAUUCCCUGAAAAAUGUGGACGAUUCGCCGUUAACAAAAGUGAAGAAGUUGUACUACGAAGACGCAUUUACGGCCCGUGGAUCACACAACUCCCCCAAGGACCGAACAAUUCACGAAUCUGUCAUUGUUGUUGAGCUCAAGACCAACAUCAAAGUAAAGGAUGAUGUAUCCAAGUUACUAUCGGAUUUCGCCCACUUCCUUGCCCAGGUCUAUCAGCGUCCGGAAACAUCAAUGCUAGUAACCAUUGACCAGAAUGCUCACCUGCUUUUCGGAAAUAUCUCUGGCUCGGCGUACCUGUUGAAGAUCACGGCUCUCUCGAGUUUGAUCGGACCGCUCACCAACCUCCGCAACACGGGUAUAAUCCAAUCAACCAUCCAAGAAAUGUUUGACAUUGGGCCCGACAGAGGCGUCGUGAUAUAUACUCCAGUGAGCGAAGACAAUCUUGCAACAAAUGGGAUGACCACUAGGAGUGAGAUCGACCGCCUCGAACGAAGUGAUUCUAGUAAUAGUCCUUCGAUCCUCAAGUCCAUCUCACGAUCCUUGAGUCGUCGUAUGAAAUCGAGUAGCGGAAAUAGUGUUCCGAUUUCCCUCACUUCCGUCAUGAGUCCUGAUGUCGCAACGCCUACUUCAACUUCGCCCGUCACGUUUGCCUCAGGUCAGCUUUCUCCGCCGAAGCCACACCAAACAGAUGCAAAAAAGCCGAUAGAGUCACCAAAAGGAGAGCCAACCCAGCAGAUCUCUUCCGUGGAUGAGAAAUGCGAACGAAGCCUAAAGAAAAGAGAGAGCCUGAAGAGUUUUGUCAACCGUCGUUUGGGCGAAUUGGGCGAGAUUACCACAAAGAAGCCAUUCACAGUGACAAAGAAGAAGGCUUGA